UCAUUAAUAAAUUUCAUUAAUCAAUCUCCUGUGAAACAAUCGGACGUAACGAUUGUGAUUCGGUGUACGUUCUAUUUUUCAAAAUGUUUUUUAAAGUUUUUUUUUUAUUUUCCGUAUAUAUUUUAGUGAUCAGAGCCGAAUUGUCGAGUUUAACAGGGUUCAAAACCAUACCAAAACCGUUAUAUGAUUGGCCCAACAUAGAAAAUCAAAAUCAAAACUCUGUCCCUAGGGUUACUGUUUCUAUAUACUAUGAAAGUCUGUGUCCAGAUUGUAUUAACUUCUUUACAAAUCAAUUGAAACCAAAUUUGGAGAAAUUUUACAAGUACUUAAAUUUAGAUUUUGUGCCCUACGGAAACUGUAAUCAAACCCAAUCAGAAGGAAAAUGGAAUUUUACCUGCCAACACGGCCCUUUGGAAUGUUCUGAUAAUAAAUGGCAAGCUUGCGCUAUUAACGUAUUACCAUCUAAACCUAAAUGUUUAGCACAGUAUCUCACAUGUUAUAUGACUUCUGUAAAAAAAACACAUUCUGCUUACCUAUGUGCAAAAAAAUUAGGAUUAUUACAGUCGUAUAAAAAAAUAAAAGAUUGUGUUCAAAACGAUGAUUUUAGCAGUGAACUUCUUGCCCAUUAUGGAAACAGAACACGUUCUCUUAUCCCAAGAUUAUCUUGGGUGCCUUUAAUUACAUUUAAUGGAGUUUUUAAUAAAAUCGAUCAAUAUAAUGCAGAACACAAUUUUCCCAAAGCUAUUUGUAAUUAUUUAAUCCCUAAACCUGCCAAAAUUUGUUAGAAAUAUCCGAAUAUAUUCCAAACUAGAUAAUUUUAUAAUCCGUCCAUCAUUCCAUCGAUUUUACAUUAUUUUUAAACAGCACACCUUGCCAUGUACAUACAUUUAUGUUUUAUAAGUAUAUUCAUUUAUUGAUUUAUGUUUAUUAUUUAUUUAUUGUUUAAGUUCUUUUUAUGAAAAAACUCUAAUUGCUAUGUAAUAAAAAACUAUUUUUAAUGACGUAAAAA